UAAAACAUUUCGUUAUGUUAUAAUACCUAAGUUACACUGUGUGAUGUAACAGACAUAGGUAUCCUAUGUGUUCUAUAUUUGGAUGAAAUGCUGGCUGUAUCGACGUCCCGGACGUCCUGCGCACGCUCUGUGGAGCUCUCCCGGAGAUUUGCUCACAGGUCAAUCGAAGCCUCCAUCUUCGAGUGCAUUCCCAGUACCGAUUAGUGCAUCAAACAUAACACAUUGCAAUUUUGCCUGAUGGUUUUUAAUAUUGGAGUUUGAGUGUCUAAAAAGGUACCCAACGUUAAUACACUACUUCAACAAUGGGCAAAGAGAAGACUCAUAUUAACAUCGUUGUAAUCGGUCAUGUAGAUUCUGGCAAAUCUACUACUACUGGCCAUUUGAUUUACAAAUGUGGUGGGAUUGAUAAACGAACCAUCGAAAAGUUCGAAAAAGAAGCGCAGGAGAUGGGCAAAGGCUCUUUCAAGUACGCCUGGGUUCUGGACAAGCUGAAAGCGGAACGUGAGCGUGGUAUCACUAUUGACAUCGCUCUAUGGAAGUUUGAAACUGCUAAGUACUAUGUGACUAUUAUUGAUGCUCCUGGUCACAGGGAUUUUAUCAAGAACAUGAUUACGGGAACUUCGCAGGCCGACUGCGCUGUGUUGAUAGUAGCUGCAGGAACAGGCGAGUUUGAAGCUGGUAUCAGUAAGAACGGGCAGACUCGUGAGCAUGCGCUACUCGCCUUCACGUUGGGCGUGAAGCAAUUGAUCGUGGGUGUCAACAAGAUGGAUUCCACUGAGCCUCCUUACCACGAAGCUCGCUAUGAAGAAAUCAAGAAGGAGGUUUCCUCUUAUAUUAAGAAGAUCGGUUACAACCCGGCCACCGUGGCCUUUGUGCCGAUCUCGGGCUGGCACGGCGACAACAUGCUGGAACCAUCCGACAAGAUGCCCUGGUUCAAGGGGUGGACCAUCGACCGCAAGGACGGCAAGGUUGAGGGCAAGACCCUCAUCGAGGCUCUGGACGCGAUCCAGCCCCCGUCGCGGCCCACGGAGAAGCCGCUGCGCCUGCCGCUGCAGGACGUCUACAAGAUCGGCGGCAUCGGCACCGUGCCCGUCGGCCGCGUCGAGACCGGCAUCCUGAAGCCAGGUAUGGUGGUGGUGUUCGCUCCGGCCGCUAUCACCACGGAAGUGAAGUCUGUGGAAAUGCACCACGAGGCGCUGCAAGAAGCCAUGCCCGGCGACAACGUGGGCUUUAACGUCAAGAACGUGUCUGUGAAGGAGUUGCGUCGCGGCUACGUGGCUGGUGACUCCAAGAAUUGUCCACCCAAGGGAGCCUCUGAUUUUACUGCCCAGGUGAUUGUGCUGAACCACCCGGGCCAGAUCAGCAAUGGGUACACUCCCGUGCUCGAUUGUCACACCGCACAUAUCGCUUGCAAGUUCGCUGAGAUCAAGGAGAAGUGCGACCGUCGUACUGGUAAGACAACGGAAGUGGAGCCGAAGUCGAUAAAGUCCGGCGACGCGGCCAUAGUGACGCUGGUGCCGACCAAGGCGCUCUGCGUCGAGUCGUUCCAGGAGUUCCCGCCGCUCGGCCGCUUCGCCGUGCGCGACAUGCGCCAGACCGUCGCAGUUGGUGUCAUUAAGAGCGUGACCUUUAAAGAGGUGACUACAGGUAAAAUCACCAAAGCCGCCGAGAAGGCCCAAAAGAAAAAAUAACUAUUGGGCAGUUUAAAUAAUGUAGCGCAGCCGGUGUCCGUCGUCUGCAACGCUGCUCUGUCUCCAGUGCUCUCUCUCCAACAGUGUUCCCCUCCACCCUCGCGUGCUCUGGUCCGUCGUAACAUGGACUGCUUGAUGUUGCUCCCCAAGCGGCCGGCAGAUGAUAGUACGGUUGCCUCGAUUAAAAAAAAAAUCCCAUUAUCGAUGUUGUAUCGUAGUCGUGAGCCCUUAGUGUACUCACACAAUCGGAGCUUCUUAACUGGUGAUUUCACACACGUUCCCGACUCUUGCAUUUAUCAUAACAA